AUGGCAUUAGCGCGCAUCAGGGUCGGCCUAUGGCAGCAGAUCGUCGCAUGUAUUCGCAUCGUGUGGGAGAUCAUCGUACAGCGACACAUGAUCAAGCGACGGGGGAUCGCAGAGUGGGCGUGCGACCCCAGCAUUCGCGGCAAGACCGUCAUCGUCACGGGACCCACUAGCGGCAUUGGCCUCGAGAUCGCCAAGCAGCUAGUCUUAGCGGGCGCGCACGUCGUGCUGGCGUGCCGGCGGCCGGACGCCGCCAGCAAGCUGAUCGCGGCGUGGCAGGGCGAGGCGGGUGGCGCAGGCGUGAGCGCGGAGGUGCGCCAGGUGGACCUCGAGUCGCUCGCGUCGGUGCGCGCGUUCGCGCGCGCGUGGGAGGCGGAGGCGCGUCCGCUGCACGUGCUCGUGAACAAUGCGGGCAUUUUCUCCAUGGGAGCGCCCCAGCGGCUGACGGCGGACGGGUUGGAGGAGCACAUAGCGGUGAACUGCCUGUGCCCGCUGCUGCUCUCACUGCUGCUGCUGCCGUCCCUGCUGCGCGCCCACGGCGCUCGCAUCGUGAACGUGUCGUCCACUAUGCAUGCAUGGGGCGAUCUGGACGUGGGCGAUUUGAGCUUCAAGGGGCGCACCCGCCGCUUCAAUGCCACCGCGGCCUACAACCAGAGCAAGCUCGCUCAGCUGAUGCUGACGAACGUGCUGCAGCGUCGUUUGCCAGCCAGUGCGCACAUUGAUGUGGUGGCAGUGCACCCGGGGGAGGUGCUCACCAACGUGGCGCGCACUCUCCCCAAGAUCAUCCAGGAGCUACAACGUGCCAUCAUGCACGCCCUGCUUCUCGAACCCUGGCAGGGUGCGCUGGCGCCCCUGUACUGCGCCACACACGCGGCCGUGGGCGAGCACGCGAGGGCGGUGCGCGACCAAGGCUUGCUGUCCGGGCCCUACUUUGACCUCGACGGGCGGCGCAGCGAGGUGGCAGCGCACGGGCGCAACGAGAGGGCAGCAGAGGAGCUGUGGCGCGUGGCGAUGGAUACUGUGGGGCUGCCUGCCGACUGCGUGCAGUCCACCAUCGCUGCAUUCACAGGGUAG